AACCCACUCCUGUGGCUCUUCCAAAGACCCGUGAGGAUGCCGCACUCCAAACUACGCUUGCGAAGCCUUCCUCGCAAUGAAAAGUGGACUUGAACUGCAUGAAGCUAUUUCACGGUAGAGCAGACCGCAGUGGCUAUGAGGCCACGGUGGGUCCUGCAAGGCUGUCGACACACACGGAGGCAGGCCUUAAACCCGUUGUGCUUUCGCAGAUAAGAACGUGCGUGCAUUUGUUGGUAGCCUCGCAGCUCGCCAGGCCUCAAGCAUUAUAAGAAUGAUGUCCAGAAUGCAAGAAGACCAGGGGCAACAACCACCAUUCCUCAGACUCAAAACGAGGUCACUGCCAUUGUGAUCAUCGUCUUGCAAUACCAUCCUAUACCUUCUCGCUGUACAAAGUAGGCCCCGUCCUGCGCUUUGCCGAAUCGCCAUGACUUCAGUGUGGUUCAUCACUGGGUCUUCCCGAGGCCUGGGCCGAGCCAUUGUCGAGAAAGCCCUUGACACUGGCGCCAAUGUCAUUGCCACGGCCCGUAACCCGGAUUCCCUCCAGGACCUCGUCCAGCGCUACGGUUCCGACCGCUGCCUGGCUGUUGCCCUGGAUGUGGCCGAAGAGGACCAGGUCGCCAGGGCCGUGCAGACUGGCUUCGAAAAGUUCGGUCGCGUCGACAUUAUCGUCAACAACGCCGGCUAUGGCAACCUCGCCGCCAUUGAGGACAUUACUGCCAAGGACUUCCGCCAGCAGAUGGACACCAACUUUAUGGGCGUUGUCAACGUCACCAAGGCUGUUCUCCCCAUCCUCCGCGAGCAGAAGAGCGGCCACAUCUUCCAGGUCUCUUCCAUUGGAGGUCGAAUCGCGACACCGGGCAUGUGCGCUUAUCAGAGUGCCAAAUGGGCAGUCGGGGGCUUUUCUUCAGUCCUCGCGCAGGAGGUCGCGCCAUUUGGUAUCAAGGUGACGGUGCUGGAGCCUGGAGGCAUCCGCACCGACUGGGCUCGCUCUUGCACGGAAGCUGUCGAGAUUUCCGCGCCCUACAAGCAGACGGUUGGGUACAUGGAGAAGAUGGUGGCUGAUGUAGUCGGGAACGAGAUUUCCCUUCCGGAAAAGGUCUCUCAGGUCAUUGUCGACUUGGUCGGCAAGGAGGAGCCUCCCCUGCGUUUGUUGAUCGGCCCUGAUGCUGUCGAGUUUGCAAGCAAGGCGGCCAAAGCGCUCGCAGAGUCUGACGAGAAGUGGCGUUCUGUAAGCGAAUCGACAGUGUAAAGUUGGAUGGCCAAUGCAAGGACACUGGCAACUGAGAUGAUUGAUAGCUUUCCCCUGCAAUCCUUAUUCUGAAUACACACUCACAGUCAGCACAUCUCGAAUCUCAUGUGAUUAGUUGCCGCGCCCCGCCCCGAAUGUCGCGUUUCGAAUCCCUGAACAAACACGCGGGACGGCUGCAUGUACGUAGCUCCUAGCUUGCUCAACCCCGGAUGCAACGUGCAAGUGCUGCAAAGAGCGCGGCUGGCACGGGGGUCACCGAGGCGGUGUGACAUGUGGAAAACACAAUGGUGAAUACUGUUGACCAGCAUCCUUCUCCAAGGUCGUAAUUAGCACUCUCGCUCAAUCAAGCUCAGACCUGACUCCUGAGUCUCGAAAUAAGCCCGCGGCUCGUCUAAUGACAUUGGGCCGAUCC